GUAUGUGUAUGUAUGUGUGUAUGCCUUUUUCUGAAUGAACAGCCUCGCAGAAAGUGACUGCAAAAGCAGUUCUGGGGAAUCUGCAGGCGGUUCCGGGGGACCGAGCGCCCAAACCGAACUCCUCCCUUGGAAUGUCCCUGUACGUACUCCCAGCUUGAAAACAACUGUCCUAAGCGAGAGGGAAGGUUUCCGUGACAUCUCCAAACACAGUUUGACAAAUGGCACUUGGGGAUCGCGUUUUCUGGUGACAACGGACUAGGUCGCGGUGUGUGACAGAGCUGCUCCAGCUGCCUCUGAAGGAAAAGUCGCCCGUCCAACUCCUGACCCCAGAGGCCAAAGUGAAGACCGGAGAAAAAGGAGACACUUGCCCGGGGAGCAGCAUGGCAAUCGCCGGGCACAUCACCUUUUUGGUCCUGGGGGGUUUGCUCUUCGAGUUUGGGAUUGGAGGUCAUGCAACAGAUACCACCCACCCCCGAUUACGUCUGUCGCACAAAGAACUCUGGGAUUUAAAUAGAACAUCAAUCUUUCAUAGUCCUUUUGGAUUUCUCGACCUCCAUGUGAUGUUGCUGGAUGAAUAUCAAGAACGACUGUUUGUGGGAGGCAGGGAUCUGGUGUAUUCCCUCAACCUGGAUCGAGUCAGUGAAGGCUAUAGAGAGAUACAGUGGCCUAGCACAGACCUGCAAAAGGAGGAAUGCAUAAUGAAAGGAAAAGAUGCAAGUGAAUGUGCAAAUUUUGUUCGUGUGCUGCACCAUUAUAACAGAACACAUCUCCUGGCCUGUGGCACAGGAGCCUUUGACCCGCUCUGUGCCUUCAUCAGAGUUGGACACCAAUUGGAGGGUCAUCUCUUUCAGUUGGAAUCACACAGAUUUGAGCGAGGAAGAGGCAGAUGUCCUUUUGAUCCCAAUUCUUCCUUCACUUCUACUUUAAUUGGUAGUGAGCUGUUUUCUGGACUCUAUAGUGACUACUGGGGAAGAGAUGCUGCUGUCUUUCGCAGUCUGGGCCGUAUGGCUCAUAUUCGGACUGAACAUGAUGAUGAACGCCUGCUGAAAGAACCUAAGUUUGUAGGUUCUUACAUGAUUCCUGACAAUGAAGACCGGGAUGACAACAAAGUAUAUUUCUUCUUUACUGAAAAGGCACUGGAGUCAGAAAACAAUGCACACACAAUUUAUACAAGAGUGGGAAGAGUAUGUGCGAAUGACAUGGGAGGGCAGAGAAUUUUAGUCAAUAAAUGGAGCACUUUCCUUAAGGCAAGAUUGGUUUGCUCAGUGCCUGGAAUGAAUGGAAUUGAUACUCACUUUGAUGAAUUAGAGGAUAUUUUUUUGCUGCAUACAAGGGAUAGUAAGAAUCCAGUGAUAUUUGGACUCUUUAAUACAACAAGUAAUAUAUUCCGUGGGUAUGCUAUAUGUGUCUAUCAUAUGGCAAGUAUCCGUGCUGCUUUUAAUGGACCAUAUGCACAUAAGGAAGGACCUGAAUACCAUUGGUCAGUGUAUGAAGGAAAAGUGCCCUAUCCCAGACCUGGUUCUUGUGCCAGCAAGGUGAAUGGGGGAAAAUAUGGCACCACCAAGGAUUAUCCCGAUGAUGCUAUCAGGUUUGCAAGAAGUCACCCACUAAUGCAUCAGCCUGUGAAACCUGUUCAUAAGAGGCCAAUCCUGGUAAAAACAGAUGGAAAAUAUAAUCUGAAACAGAUAGCAGUUGAUCGAGUUGAAGCUGAAGAUGGACAAUAUGAUGUCUUAUUUAUUGGCACAGAUAGUGGCAUCGUGCUAAAAGUAAUCACAAUUUACAACCAGGAAACAGAAUCAAUGGAAGAAGUAAUUCUAGAAGAACUACAAGUGUUCAAAUUUCCAGAUCCUAUUAUUUCCAUGGAAAUUUCUUCAAAAAGACAACAGUUGUACAUUGGAUCUGAAUCUGCAGUGGCUCAAAUCCGAUUCCAUCAGUGUGACAUGUAUGGGACAGCUUGUGCUGAUUGCUGUCUAGCAAGAGACCCAUACUGUGCCUGGGAUGGUAUAUCUUGUUCCCGCUAUUACCCAACAGGCACACAUGCAAAAAGACGUUUCCGAAGACAAGAUAUUCGGCAUGGAAAUGCAGCUCAGCAAUGUUUUGGACAGCAGUUUGUUGGAGAAGUGUUGGAUAAAACUGAGGAACGUUUGGCUUAUGGUAUAGAAUAUAACAGUACUUUGCUGGAAUGUACCCCACGAUCACUGCAAGCAAAAGUCAUCUGGUUUGUACAGAAAGCACGUGAAACAAGAAAGGAAGAAGUGAAGACAGAUGACAGAGUUGUCAAAAUGGACCUUGGUUUGCUCUUCCUAAAACUACACAAAAUGGAUGCAGGAACCUAUUUUUGUCAGACAGUGGAGCACAGUUUUGUCCAUACAGUUCGUAAAAUCACCUUGGAAGUAGUAGAAGAGGAACGGGUCGAAGAGAUGUUUAACAAAGACUAUGAGGAAGAGGUUCCCCAGAAAAUGCCUUGUCCUGUCCAGAGUAGCAUCCCACAAGGGUCAAAGCCAUGGUACAAAGAGUUCUUGCAGCUGAUUGGCUAUAGCAACUUCCAGAGAGUGGAAGAGUACUGUGAAAAAGUGUGGUGUACAGAUAAGAAGAGGAAAAAGCUCAAAAUGUCCCCCUCCAAAUGGAAGUAUUCCACCCCACAAGAAAGGAAGCUUCGGGCCAAGGCUGAGCACUAUCGCCUACCUAGGCAUGCACUGGACUUCUGAUGGGUUGGAACCAUUGGCUGACUUUUUGAAGAAUUUUUAUUUGGACAUCUGAGAUUUAAAAGACAACAUUUGAUUUCUUUGUGGCAGUGGAACUAUGUACAAUAAGAAAGACGUGACUGAAAAAAAUUAUGGUAAAUUAUACUUCUUUUUGACUGGUUAGAGGUUACAUAAAACUAACUAGCUGUUUCUAAAUAUCAUUUUAUUGCUUACAUGGUUUUCAACUAUAUUUAUCAAAAAAGUUACCUUGUUGUAAUCUUCGUAAUUGUUUGGCUGAUUAUUUAUGCCAGCUACUCUUUGUUCCUUGUGUAUGAUUAGAAUAUUUAAGGAAAUUCACAGGAAUUAAGAAUUAGGAGGCAGGAGAUGGGAAGGCAACAUAACCCCUCUGCUUUUUUCAACUUCUGCAUUGCUUUUAAAACUGACAAAUAAUCAGUGACAUUCACUUUUUCAUGUGGACAGUUGGUAAUUUUUAUUGUGAUAGUUUAAGCCAUGAGUUUGCUCUGAGGACCACUGUGAUUUUUGUAAAUGGGAAAAGAAAUGUAUUCAGCCCCAGGGGUACUACCCUUUAUAAAACAUUUAUGGGACCAGAUUCAUAUUUCUAUUAUUACAGCUGACACGAUCCCUUCCAGUUACACUCAGGUGUGGAAAGAAUGAGGCUAAUAGAACUUCCCUAUUAGAUGUUGAAGCAAAACAGUUAAGUUGGAGUAUUAGUUAUAGGUGGAACAAAUGUUUGCUUUAAUAGCUGGAAGAUUUAUAUGCCUGACUUCUAAAGGUAAAAAAAAAAACAAAAACAAAAAAACAGCAUAUGCUUAUAUGUGUGUCCAUGUAUAUACAUGCAUAUGUGUAUAUAUGUUUGUUCAUAUGUAUGUUCAUAUAUGCUUCUGUAUGUAUACACAUGUAUAUUUCUGUGUGUGCGUGAAUGUGUGUGAGUGUGUGCAUGCAUUUUUCCCCUGCAGAAAUCUUUGGACUGUAACUGCUUAAAGAAAGUUUGGUCAGUUGAAGUAUAUUAUAUUUGUCAUCAAAACUAAUUAAUUCAAAAAAACUUAAAAGACCCCAAAACAGAGUUUAACUUGUGGAUAAUUCAAUUGAAAGUAGUUUAUUAGUUCACUAAAUAAGAAAGGACAAAAGGUAUGCACAAACGAAAACUUAUAAAUUUUUUACUCUUUUAAGGCUUCUAAUUUUAAAAAAGUCAUUUCAGCAACACAUAAACCUAUUUCAUAAAGAAAAUCAUUAUAUUACUUUUCAUCUGAAUAAAUUUGCUAUAAAGAGGUAGAGAGAAAAUUACUCUUGGAGAUUUUUAUUUUUCUCUCAUAAAACACACCAGGAGCUUUUUAUUUGGGGCAAUAUUCAAUUUACUUUCUGUACCUUUUCCUUCUGCAUUUUGCAUUUUAUAGUCCUGUAUUUUUGCUUUUAGCAUCCUAUAUUCUAAAUUGUAAAAUUUUAAUCUGAGGUAAUUAAUGAAAAUAUUUAAAUAAAAUAUAAAUCAGCAAUGAUAAAGCAGAAAGUCAAAACACUGAAAAAGAAACAUUAUGGCUUUUUUUUUUCAUUUUAACUUUGCCUAAUACCCAUCUGGGAUGGAAUACAAGAAGACGUGGGUUCAAGUACUGCCCCAGAUUAUUGUGACUGAGAUCACUUAACCUCUCUGUUCCCCAGGCAACUUUUAAGACUAAAUUAGAGAAGAGAUAGAUAGUGAUCUACAUUGAUAAAUGGUAAUUCUUCACCAGAAAUUCCAUAAAUUGGUGAAAUCCUAAAUUCUACAGAAAAAAUAAUAACAACACCCCCCAACCUUGUAUUAUUCCUCAUAUUUAACAUGCUAGAAAAAUCAAAUUACAGAUGGCCCAUACUAGUUAAAUAUUCAUAGUGGUUUAAGUUAUAGUCUGUAGUUAAAAUAAAACAUGAAGUUAGUCUUAUCUUUUUCUUCAACAAUGAAAUAAUGAAAAAAACCUGAUGUAACUGAAAUUAAUAUUUUCCAAAAUUAAGCUUGUUAUUUACCCAAGAAUCCACUGGGGGUCAUUGCUGCCCACUAGGAUGCAGCUGAAAUCACUCUAUAGUUUGGAAGUUAUGAAAAACCAGGCUCUCUCAUAGAGAGAGAAAAAAAAAAAGAAAGGAAGAAAAAGAAAAGCUGCCCAACUGGAAAAAUAUAGCAAGACACUGAAAUUAGUGGGAGUUCAGUGAAGAUAGUAUUUUUAGCACACUUUUGAUGAGAAUAUAAAAUAUAGGAAAAGACUAAUCAAUUUAAAAGAAUUUUAUUUCAAAAAAUCAAAAGAGAAAAUUGAUACUUCUCUUAUCUUGCUACAAAUUAAAUGAGGAAAAUCACAUAACUAAUUUCUCACUAUUUAAGUUUUAGAAGUAUGUUCUCAUCAGCUCUGGAUACUUUUGCUUAUAACCAUGUCAUUUUUGAACUGUAACCAUUCUUAUGUAACUACAGUGAGAACACUGAGAAAAAUACAUGCUUCUAUGUUUGGGGUUGGGGUGUUAACAGUUUUAAAGAUAUCUCAUCAAAUAUAGAUGGGAGCAGUAAGAUCGUUAAUUGUCUAGAUAUCUCACCUCAGGCACUUAAUAGCUGUGACCCUGGGCAAGUCACUUAACCCCAAUUGCCUUAAAUAUCCAGAGUCAUCUCCAGUCAUCCUGAUAUAUAUCUUGCCACUGGACCUAGAUGGCUCUGGAGGAAAGAGUGAUGUUGGUAAGCUUGCACAACCCUCCCUCACUUAAAUUCAAUUCAGUACAAGUCAUGACUUCACCCUGAUGUCAUGGUACCCUUUGAGAAUGAAGGACAAACAAGUACCACCACUACAAGAUAACUAAAAUUCCAAAGCAGUUUUUUUUUUUAAUGCUGAAAUGUAUUAAUCAAAUUGACCAGAUAAAAGGCCCCUAGGACCUGAAGGAAUUAAUAUAUUCCAUUUUGGAACUCCUUCCUUUUGCAGAGCUGUAUUGAUUAGUGAAUGAGUGAACUGCAAACACAACUAGCUCCCUUUAUAUAGCUGGUCCCAUGCUUUAUGUCUCUCCCAGUCAGCUUCCCCAGCUAUAUUAUGUUAGGUGUCCUCCAUUCUUGGGCCUACUAUUCCUCUCAUCUUUCCCCCAUGUCUUUGGGCUCAAAAACCAAAUCAGUUUUAUCAUUGUUGUUAGAAAGAGUAUCUUAGUGGAAAACUCUAUGCAUCAACUCAAUACCCCUCAUACACACUCUUUCCACCCCCCCCCAAUAAGUGUUGUCUCUUUCAAGACAAUUGAAGCCCCUUGGGAUAAUUUUUGUUUUUGUAUUCCCAGUAAUUAGCACAUUUAAUAAAUUGAUUGAUUGACCAGUCAAUCAAUUAAUUAAUUAGUUGGUUAAUGCAGUAUCUAGUAUAAAGUGGUUAUUAAACACUUUCAUUCAUUAAUUUCAUUAUAAAUUUCAAAUCUCACCUGUUUUGUAGUCAGACCCAAAAGAAAAAAAAAGGAAGAAAAUGGUCAUUGUUAAGAAUAUUUUAGCUGGCAGGUACAGAAAAAAUAUAGAAUUAAUCAAAUAAAUUUUAAAUACAAUCAUAAAAAUAUAUUCAGAAUAAUUUAACAAAACCAAUGUAGACAUAUGAAUGAUAAGAACAUCAAUAGGAAACAAUUGGGAGAGGAAAUCUGAGGUCUCAGCUGCAGAGUUUAGGGUGAUAGUGAUAGGUAUAGAAAUAAUAUUUUGGUUUCCUUGAUGUUGGAUACUUCCCAAAGGGAAAAAUUCCUACCAGUUCAGGUCUCUUAUAGUCUUAGAAAGUUGUCUAGCUAGGGCACUGAGAAGUUAAGGGAUUUACCCAAUGCCCCACAGCUAUUAUGUUUCAGAGGGAAUAUUUGCAUCCAUAUCUAUCUGGCUCCAAUACCAGGUCUCAAUCCACCAUCUUACAUUGCACCUCUCAAGGAUGAUAUUUAUAAAUCCAUUCAUAUAGAAAACUCUUUUUCUCAAUAUAGCAUAAUACCUCUAAAACAUUAUAAAAUAUAUUGGCCACCAGAAAAAAAUAUGGAAUAGAUUGGCCACUCCCCCACAAAAAAAAAAACAACAUUAUGGAAGGGUUGCACAUGCUAAUAACCCAAACAAAAUCUCCUUAACUAUAUUGGUGGGCUCUUGUAGCAUGUACAUUUUAGUAUCUGCAAAUGUGUUGUGUGUAGUAAUAAGGGAGUGUAGGAACUGCUGGUUAAAUAAAACAGAAGAAAAUAAGUUCUUGGUUGGUGAUUCUCCCAUAGGCAAAUAAGUAUAUUUGUGCUAUACCAAAAAAAAUGUUUUCCUCUCAUUCAUCUUUCAGGAUUGCAAAUAUAAGAGUUGAUCAAUGUUCUCUAAAUUAACAGUGAGGAAAUAACCUGUGAAAUGCUCAAGUUUGUGCAAGUACAAAUGACUUAAGAUCAGUUUCCUCCUUGUGCUUUACACACUACAGGGUUGGUGGAGAAAAGAUCCCCCACUCCCAUAGUUUCCCUGGACAUAGGUUUGGUGAAAGGAAGACUAUGCUCCAUACACAUAGACAGGCAGAGCAGCUCCUGAGAGUUACUUCAAAACCAGCAUAACUAUAGCCUUGCUAGAAGGACGGAAAGCUAGACACCUGUAUGAUUCCUCUUUGUCCCUGGGUUAUGCAUCUUCUAGGUAGAGCAUGGCUGGGAAGAAUAUAUGAGCAGAAUAAGUAUCUAUCCAGAACUGCAAGAGAAUGAGGCCAUUCUCCAUCAUUAGUUUGGCAAAGAGACAAAAGAAUUCUCUGAAGACAAUCAGAAUCAGCAAUGUCACUUGGCUUUUCAGUGUAAUAGAAUGAACAUUGACCUGGAUAGUUGAGACUUUCUAGUCUCAGCCUUGCCAACAAUUUCCUUUAUGAUAUUAGGCAAAUCAUUUAAUUUACCUGGGUCUUAGGUCCUUCACCUGUACAACAUGGGGACUGGACUAAGAUAAUCUCUCCUAGAUCUAGUUUUCCAAUUAUAAGAAGUCCUCUCUUUUUCUGUUUUUAACUGGAUAUCUGGUGGCUUACUGAUAAAUGCUUCAUACUUUGUAGAAACAGGAUUAUAUAAUACAUAGGUUUGAGUAUUAGUAAAUUACUUUAAAAAUGAAGAAACUUCUUUAUCACUUUAUUAGUAAGAAUUACACAUAUGUAUAUAUAUACAUAUUUGUAUCUGAGUAUAUACAUAUGUAUGUAAUAUGAGAUUUUUCUAUAUUUAAUUUCAGCUAAACAUCCAGGAUUAUACAUCAGUAUUGGUUGUAUCAGUCCAUGGGUUUCUAAAUCUUAGUGGUGAUUAUGCACAUUUGUAAAACGUGUAAAAAAUCAACACACAACCCAAUAACUUGUUUUGAGUGUCAGUGUUAGGCAUGGACCAAAUACAGGAACACAUUUGUUGUCUGAAAAAAAUGAAUUAAUUGUCUCAGCUCUGUAUGUGGCAUGGUAAAUAAAUCAGAAAACAUGUACUUAAUUGUUCUCAGUUACUAAUGUUUCCAAGAAGAAAAUGCUAUAAUGAAGAUAGCAAUAAUAAUUCGACUUUUUCCUCUUUCCUACAACAGGGUACUAUGUUGUGGUAUUUUUUUUUAAUAGUGCUUCAUUUUUCAGGUCAACAGCUGUUUCAUUUGAGUCAGCGAUGAAUACUAGACUAUCUGUACUGACGUUUUUGUUGUAGUAUUAUUUAAAAUGUUUUGUUUUUCUUUGCUAUUUCCCCUUGGGUGCAUAGGUUUAUAUUUUUAUUUACAUUAUGACUUAGAUUCUUAUAUUUGUGCUUCAAGUGGCCUAGUUAUGUGACAAAUUACUUCACUGGUACAUUUUAUUCUGUAUAGCAUCUUUUUAUUUGCUUGGCUGGAUCUGUAACAGCAUGUGCCAUAGUAUUUAUUUUUCCUGAUUAGGAAAAGCCAUGGGGCUUAUUAUCAUCUGGUGACAAGCUACAGAGAUCACUGAUAUGAGUUGUUUCAUAGAAUAAAUAUGACAUAUAUCUAUCAUUAGAUUCUACAUACUUUGUCCAUAGCAUUGAAUUGUCAUGUUUUAAUUUAGCUCAUGUUAGAUGAAAAAAGAAAUAAAUGUUUGCUGAACCCUUA